AUGACCCCAGACGAGCUCGUGCGCAUCCUCGACGUCGUGAACCCCAGUCGCGAGAUCGGCAAGGUGACUCUGAUCUCCCGCUAUGGCGCGCAGAAGAUCGCCCAGCAUCUGCCCAGCCACAUCGCCGCCGUCCAAGCCUCCGGCCACCUGCCCGUCUGGCAGUGCGAUCCCAUGCACGGCAACACGCAAUCCACGCCCUCCGGCGUCAAGACUCGCCAUUUCACCGACAUCCUCUCCGAGCUGCGCCAAGCUUUGGAAAUCCACAAGGCGGCCGGCUCGUUCCUUGGUGGCAUGCAUCUUGAACUGACCGGCGAGGCGGUCACGGAGUGCGUUGGUGGUGCCGGCGGUUUGACCGAGGAGAACUUGAGUGAGCGGUACACGACGUUCUGUGACCCCCGGUUGAAUGAGAAGCAGGCGUUAGAGUUGGCGUUCUUGGUGGCUGGAUUCUACCGCGAGAUGGACGAAGAGACGAAUUCAAUCUAACGAGGAAAUG